UGGGCCAAAUAUUCCGUUUGCUGCAAUUUCCCCAGUUGUGGCUGCUUGGCCAUGACAGGGAACAAGGUCUACAAAGGGAAAGGGAGAAAAGCAGAACCCAAACUGCUCAUCUUUGGAGUGGCAAUUCCUCCCGUUCCUUCCUGUUGGUGAGGACACUUUGCCUCACAGAAUGACAGGACAGGCAGGGGGGAAGGGGCCUGUGGACAGGAGCUCUUGCAGCAGUGGGUCCAAUGGGUCACACGGAAGGGGUGGCCCACAGGGCUGUGCAAAGGGCCUCCAGGUGAGCCCCCCUCCCCCCAGGUGUGGUGCAGUUAACGUGUGACACAGUGUCAGUGUGGUGAUGUGACAAUGCGGUGAUGUGACAUCACCAUGAUGUAACAAUGGCCCAUGUCUAUAUUUAGCCAGGAGACCUGUUGUUGUGUCUCUGGAGCAAGAGUCAGCGUGGGAUCACAACACCAUGAGAGCCCCAGAAGACCACAGCUGGGAGGAGAUAGCAGGAAAAUGGACCCCGAACUGCUGAACCUCCCACUUGCAGUCAAGAUCCCUGUGGCACCUGGAACCAAGCCUGUCUUCUCCAGGGGAAAGCUGGGUGAAAAUCUUGUCAGGCCAUAUCCUUAUUUCAAUCUGGAUGAUCCCUACAGCCACCACCUCAGCCCAGCAUACAACUGCCUGCAUGACCCCCACCUGCGGGACUACCACAAGCGCAAGGACGUCCUACAGUUGCUGAAGAGACAGGGAGUCAUCACCAGUGACAACAAGGUGGUUUGCACUCUGAAGGAGUUCAACGAGUACAGGAACUACCUGACCAGGCUCAAGCUGCAGUCAGAGCAAUUCUUAAAGCAGCAAGAGGAAGGGCUUCUGCCACUUCUGGCCAAAUUAAAGGAUGGUCCCAAACUGCCAGGAACCAGUGACACUUCCUGCCGGCGGAAGCGGCGGCUGCAGCCUCAGAAACCUACUUGCCCAUGUCCACAGAAGAGCAAAGAGACCCCUCUGAAAUCAGGGAGAUUCAGAAAAGUGAAAAUAGCUUCAGACGAGGGCCAAACCUACUCCAGAGCUAAGCUGGGCACUGCUGCUGACUCCCAGAGGAAGCGGCACAACACUGCUCACAGCCUCUUUAAAGCUGUCCUUAGGCAGCUGACCGCAGCAGAAGCCCAGAAGCUCCAAGAGCUGGUUGAGAUCAUUGUCUACAAAGUGUUUGUGAGGCUCAAGGUUCCUCGGAACCAGCGCAUCAACUUUUUAAGGAAUGCUGCCCAGGGGAUCAGAGGAAGCAUUUUCAGCAGCUGCAGGAGAACACCUCUAGACCGCCGCCAGAAAAUAGAAAUGGUGGCCAAAGAGCUUUUAGCAAUGGUGUUGGAGGGCUUGGGGUACUGUCUGGAGCCCAAAGCUUCUAAGCCAAGGAGGGCAGUCAGGUGGAAGGAGCAGCCUGUUGAUGGAAGAGCCACCCUAGUGGACAAAUCCGAGGAAGAUGAAGCAGCCUCCUCAGACAGCGCACAUUUACACGCCUGUCUUGACAAACUCACCAGACAAGUUGUUAAGAAUGUUCGCUGCCUCUUGAAAUCCAUGGUAGCUUCUCAGUUUGAAGGAGACUCAAGAUGCGAGCACACCAAAAUCCUGGAGCUUCCCAAGGAUAAGGUUUCCAACAUACAGAUGCAGCCAGGAAUCUCAGGAGCAUGUGAAGGACAGAGCCAGGAAGCAAGCACAGGAGUAAAGCUGCCCCAAAAGCCGAAAAUUAGGGGAAUGCAGAAUAGGGAGAGUAGCUUUGGACAAGGGCCAAACUUACUCCAGAGCUGCGCUGGGCCAGGAGGAUGCCAGCAUUGCUGCUGGCUCCCGGAGGAGGCCAGAUGGCACUGCCAGUGGCCUGUUGAAUGCUGUGUGUGA